UGAUUUCUGUUUAGCUCUUACGUCUGAUCUUCCGAUCCUGCGGUCUUGAUAUUUGAAUCUAGUUCCGGAACUAAUAAUACGUCUCUAAAUCCUCCAUUGCUUCUUCUCUGAUCUUGUUUUAUUCCGGUAUAUCGUGGUUUAGCAACAAUGUCAGGCAUGCACGGGACUCAUGAUUCAUGUCCAUUGGUGAAGAACAUUCUUCUUCUAGACUCUGAAGGAAAGCGUGUGGCUGUCAAAUAUUACUCGGAUGAAUGGUCAACUAAUGCUGCCAAAUUAAGUUUUGAAAAAUAUGUUUUCUCGAAGACCUCUAAGACCAAUGCUCGCACAGAAGCUGAGAUAACACUGUUGGACAAUAAUAUUAUUGUCUAUAAGUUCGCCCAGGACCUUCACUUCUUUGUUACUGGAGGUGAAAAUGAAAACGAGCUCAUCUUAUCUUCUGUUCUUCAAGGCUUCUUCGAUGCUGUUGCAUUUCUUCUGAGGAACAAUGUGGAAAAGAUGGAAGCACUUGAGAACUUGGAUCUCAUCUUUCUGUGCCUUGAUGAAAUGGUUGAUCAGGGGGUGGUUCUUGAAACGGACCCAAAUGUCAUUGCGGGAAAAGUAGCAAUGCAGAGCACAGAAGCAAGUGGUUCACUCUCUGAACAGACAUUAACUCAAGCACUAGCAACAGCCCGGGAGCAUCUGGCAAGAAGUCUGCUCACAUGAGUCUCCUCAAGCAAACACAUAAUAGAAUGGACUCCCAGCCUCUAUGGAAGAGAUUUGUCUUGCGGUUUUAAUAACGUGUGAAAGUCUCUAAUAAUUCAAACACUUGCGACUUACUCUAAACUUUAUAGAGUUGGGUAGUUUAUGGGCCGGAUCUGAGAUUUUAGGGGCUUGAAACAAAAACAAAAAUGGGGCCUAAUUGGUUUUAUAAAAAAAAAAAAUUUGGAGACAAUUCU